AUGAAUAAUAAUAAUAAUAAUAAUAAUAAUUAUGGAAUUGAUGGUACAAAUACAAAUUAUUCAACUAGACAACAGUUGUCCGAUAAUAAUCGUAAUGUAAAUAAUUCGUCAUGUCAUCUACAAUCUCCUAUUGUUGAUUAUUAUGAACAAGAAUCUUUUCAUGAAACACCAUCUCGACAAAUAUCUAUUUAUAAUAAUGACAUUUAUCAAGAUAAUACAAAUCAUUUUUAUCGUUAUAAUCUUAUUCCAUCAACAUCAACUAAUCAAUCAAGUAAUUCUUGUGUAUAUACAUGUUCAAAUGAUUUAAUUGGAAAUUAUUGUGAAGAAAAUGGUAUAUCAUCAGUUGAUCAAAAUCUAUGUAGUCAAACUGAUAUGAUAUCAUCUAUUAAUCCAAUGUCUCUUGAUCUUUAUGGUUUAUCAAUAAGUCCUCGAUCAGGUCUACCUAGAUCAUCACCAUGUCCUCCAUCAUCAAUCCAACCAUCAAAUGAUUUAUCAUCAUCAAUUGAUAUUAUUCCAUCAUCAUCAUUAAAUAAACAAGAACAAAAUUCACCUAUUAUUUAUCCAUGGAUGCGCAAAGUACAUAUUACUAAUUCAGUUAUUAAUUAUACAAGUGGAGAAACAAAACGAGCUCGUACAGCUUAUACUCGACAUCAAGUAUUAGAAUUAGAAAAAGAAUUUCAUUUUUCAAAAUAUUUAUCUCGUCGAAGACGUAUUGAAAUAGCUCAUUCACUUGUUUUAACCGAACGACAAAUCAAAAUUUGGUUUCAAAAUAGACGAAUGAAAUGGAAAAAAGAUCAUAAAUUACCAAAUACAAAAUCAAAAUUACCGGAUACAUAUCCAUCUGCAACAACAUCAUCACCUAAUCUAAUAAAAAAAGAAGAACAAGAACAUCAUAUUGAUACAAUUGUAAUGAGCGAUUAUAUUAAGGAAGAAUCAUUUUCAUCAACAUCAUCCAAUUAA